AAAGGACAUAUCUCUGAAGUUUCAACAAAAUGGCUGCGUUCAGCAGAAAAAGCAGCGAAAUAUAAAGUAUGCGAAAAGUUAUGUUUCUGUAAAAAUAGUAUUAAUAAUACAUGCAAAAUGCUUACUGGUGGGAGAAUUAUACUUGGUUAUACAAAUCUUGUAACAAAAUGUAAAGUAAACAAUUUUAUAAAAAACCAAGUUCGAGUAUUGGCAGUCUCUAUACAUAAUUUAGUUGCAAGCAAACCACCACUUUCUUUAAAAGAAAAUGUUUCACCAGUGAAUAGGUAUGUUGCUAGAACGCAUACAUGUGGUGAAUUAACACUUACAAAUAUCGGAGAACAGGUGAAAUUAAGUGGCUGGAUGGAGUUUAAGAGAAUGGGCAAAUUUAUAAUAUUACGAGAUUCUUAUGGUUCAACACAGUUACUUAUACCAGAAGAUAGAAAGGAUUUAAUGGAGACUAUGCGAGAUAUUCCUUAUGAAAGUGUUUUAAGCAUAACAGGCAAGGUUGCAUCAAGACCUGAAGGUCUAGAGAACAAGAAAAUGAAAACUGGUGAUAUAGAAGUACAUAUAGAAUCUUUGGUAAUUUUAAAUGUAGCUUCUCGUAAUCUGCCAAUAUUCAUCAGAGAUUAUAAUAAAGCAACAGAAGUGCAGCAAAUGAAAUACAGAUAUCUUUCAUUGAGAUAUUCAGAAUUACAAAGAAAUUUGAGGAUGCGUUCUCAAUUUAUAAUGAAGAUGAGAGAGUUUUUGAUCAAUGAAUGCAAUUUUGUGGAUAUUGAGACACCAACACUUUUCAAAUAUACCCCAGGGGGUGCUCAAGAAUUUAUAGUACCAACAAGACAACCAGGUAAAUUCUAUUCAUUAGUACAGAGUCCUCAACAAUUUAAACAGCUCCUUAUGGUAGGUAGUUUUGAUAGAUACUUCCAAGUUGCUCGAUGUUAUAGAGAUGAAACUGCUAGACACGACAGACAGCCAGAAUUCACACAGCUAGAUAUCGAGAUGUCAUUUGUCGAUCAAAAUGGAGUGAUAAAUUUAGUUGAAAAUUUGCUGGUAUAUUCGUGGCCGGAGGAAUUAGGUUCUAUAGAAAUUCCUUUCAAGCAUAUAACAUACAAAGAUGCAAUGGAAUUGUAUGGUACUGAACAACCAGAUUUGAGAAUACCAUAUCAGAUACGAAAUCUCACACAUUUGGUUGAUUCAACAAUAUUGCAGGAGACCAUGAGACUACAGGAUGUUGAACAAAAAGUGUUUGCAUUAGUUUUCUCAAAUAAAUCGAAAUGGUUGACAAAAUCCGUCAGAGACAAACUCUCGAAAAUUCGUGAUGACUAUUUUACUACUACAAAAUUAGUUGCAUUAAAAAUUGAAAACAAUUCAGGGAGAGCUCAAUUAGAAAAAAUAUUUUCCAAAAAUAUAACGGAAAAUAUAGUACAGUUUUGCAAAUUGCAAGAAGAAGAUGUAAUAUUAUUAGCAGUUGGUCAUUAUGAUGAUGCAUUAAAGCUGUUAGGAAAGUUACGUGUUGAAUUUACAAAUUUAUUAGAAGCACAGGGCGAACAAAUACGUUCGUCCAAAACUAAGUUUCUGUGGGUCACGGAUUUUCCGUUAUUCACAUUUAAGGAAAAAUUAGAAUCAACGCAUCAUCCGUUUACGCAACCUCAUCUAGAUGACAUCGGAUAUCUGGCAAACGAUCCUCUAAAAGUUCGAGGUUUGCACUAUGAUUUAGUUAUGAACGGAUCGGAAAUCGCGGGUGGUUCCAUACGUAUCCACGAUGCAAAUCUUCAACGUCAGAUAUUGAACUUAUUGAAUAUCGAUGAAACGAACUUGUCGCACAUGCUAGAGGCUCUAACAUAUGGAGCUCCACCUCACGGUGGAAUAGCUUUAGGACUGGAUCGUCUAGUUUGCAUGCUUUGCAAUGCGAAAAAUAUAAAGAGCGUCAUAGCUUUCCCAAAAUCAAUAGAAGGACAAGAUCUCAUGGCCGGAGCACCGGAUGUUAUAUCGGACGAUUUGAAAACAUUGUAUCACAUACAAACUGUAGAAAAAUGUGAUGUUGCAAAAUAACAUGAUUUUUAUGUCAUUAUCAGACACAGAGCAAGUAGCAUGGAGCCGAGAAUGACUGUAUUUCGUAUUUCUGUGUAUCAUAAAGGUAAUUCGAUUUUUUUUUAAUGAAAUUUAACUUACGCAUCACACAGUGGACGUUGGGAGGAUAUGAUAAUAAACAAAGUAAAUGGAAAGACGAGGAUUCGAUGUACAAAAAAAGUGUUUUAUUGUUUCGAGUAAACUCGUGCGUUCAAUCGAAAUAGUUCUACAGAAAAAUAAAAAUACAAUUUUGCUUGCGCGUUAAGCUAUCGAGAUGACAUCCACUUUUCAAGAAGAAUCUCAAAAAAGUGUCCACCUUUUUUGUACACUCCUUGAGGAUCUUUGUUAAGUGAAACCGUCAACCUAACAAAUUUCUUAACAAAUACGCUGAUAUGUUGUGACUAUCAACUGUCGGCGGACGAAAAUUCAUUACAUCGCUCUCUUUAUUUAUUCAUACACA